AUGGUUCAGUGUUACUGUUGUAAUAGAUUUGGCCACUUUGCGAAAGAUUGUUGGUCAAACAAAGAAGAAGCUAAAAUAGCCAAAGGAGAUUCUGAUGAUGAACUUAUGCUAUUAAUGGCUUAUGAAUCUGAUGAGGAACAUGUGAGUUUGUCGUUUUCAAAUUCUGAAGGGGAAGAAGAUAACCCUGAAUAUUCUGAAGGAGUAUUUUUAUAUGAUUCAGAAUUAGAAGAUGACUUUGAAGAUUCUAGAGAAGAGUUAGAAUUUGAGGUUUCGGAAGAAGAGUCAGAGUUAGAAGAUGACUCUGAAGCUGAAGACAAGUUAGAAUCCGAAGGUGAUUCUGAGUCAGAAGGAGAAUCAGAAGAUGAGUCAGAAUCUAAAGAGGAUUCUGCUUCUGAAGAUAAAACAGAACUUGAAAGUUCUGAAGGUGAGUCAGACUCUAAAGGUGACUCUGAGGAAGAAGAAGGAAACUCUGAAGAUGAGUCAGAUGGUGAAUCUGAUUCUUAUCCAGAUUUUGAAUCUGGUGGUGAUCAUUCUUCUGGAAAGGAGAACUAUGAAGGCGUAGGUUCUGGAAGGAAAGCUUCUAAAGAUGAUCAUGUUUCUGGUGUUAAUCAUGACGUUAAAGGUGGAACUUUUGAAGGCAGAUCUUCUGAAGUUAGUCCAGCCUCUGAUGGUGGUGAUGAUUCUGAAAGAAAAGAUUCUGAAGAUGGAACUUUUGAAGAAAGAACUUCUGAAGAAAUAACUUCUGAAGGCGAUCCAACUUCUAAAGGUGGUGGUUUUGGACAAGACCCAAAAGUUAACAAAGGGUGA